AUGGACCAGAAGCUCAGGCCUAUGCUGUGCCGAGCUGCAUGCAGAAUCAAGAAGAAAAAGGGCCAUUCUGCCAGCAAUGAGGUGGUGACCCGGGAAUACACCAUCAACAUUCACAAGCUCAUCCAUGGCACGAGCUUCAAGAAAUGUGCCCCUCGGGCACUCAAAGAAAUCCGUAAAUUUGCCAUAAAAGCGAUGGGGACUCCAGAUGUGCGCAUUGAUACCAGCCUCAACAAAACUGUCCGGGCCAGAGGAAUAAGGAACAUCCCAUAUCGAUUCCACAUGCGGUUGUCCAGAAAACAAAACGAGGAUGAAGAUUCACCCAGCAAGCUCUACACUCUGGUGAUCUGUGUACCUGUUACCACUUUCAGAGAUCUACAAGCAGUCAAUGUGGAUGAGAACUAGCUGCUGAUUUUCAAAUAAAGUUAUAAAACAAAAAAAUACAUAAAUUAAAAGGACUAGAUGAAGUUGAAGAUGACACCUGCAGCAGCAAACUGACUUAAUAAUCACUCAUUAGUUUGCUAGGAAAAAAAUAAAUCUUGUUAGUGUUCUAAUCGAAGAGAACCAAUCAUUGACCACAGAAACAAUAGCCAACACCAUAGACAUCUCAAUUGGUCCAGUUUACACAAUUCUAACUGAAAAGUUAAAGUUCAGUGAG